AUGAAGGACUAUACGGCUGCUACGCUGUUCCUAGCCCUAGCGUGUGUUUCUGCCCAACCGACGCGUCGUACUAGUCGCUGCGCAAUCAAAAGCAUUCCCAACUAUCAUGAGAAUGCCGGCGUACUCCAAUUCGUCGACCCUCUUAUCGGGACAUAUGGCGAUUCGCCGAACAACAAUGGCGGAAUGAUCCCCUCCGUCGCGCCUCCAUUCGCAAUGACUCGAUGGACACCACAAACACGAGAAAACUUCAUUUCCCAAUGUCCAUAUGGUGACAGCGAUCGCCGCAUCCAUGGAUUUCAGGCUACACAUCAGCCGGCUAUUUGGAUGGGGGAGGCGGGUCAAAUUGUUUUGAGCCCUGGAAUGGGCGAAGUCCAGCCCGCGUUUAUCAACCGGGGACUUGCAUUCCGAAAAGAGGACGAAAAGAGCACACCCUAUGUUUACGAGGUUCUUCUUGAUGCUACGCAGCUUUUGAACCGCGAUUUGAAUGCUACAGCGGCCUAUGCUAAUGAUGGACCUGAUCCUGGCGGCGCUGGUGCGGUCCCAGAGGAGGUUGAAGAAGGAGCCAAUGGUCGGACGAGAAAGCGGAAUGAGGCGCAGGUGGAGAUCAGCUCCAAAUCUCACGAUGAAACGUACCCGAAGUCAAUUCAGGUAGCUCUAGCAGCGGAUUCGCACGCAGGACAUCUCCGAUUUGACUUCCAGGACUGCAGUGGGAAGUCGGAGCCAUGGGUCUUCAUUGAGAUUUCUCGCCAGAACUGGACUGGAGAAGCCCAUAUUGAUCCUAAUGCCAAUGAGGUUUAUGGUUAUAACUCUGAAAGACAAGACUACUUACUCGGACCGGACCAUGCAUCCUCAUUCAAGGGGUACUUUGUCUCGCGAUUCUCCGAGCCAUUUGCGAGUUAUGGCGUGACCAACGGAAACACCUCCCUGGAAGGUCAGAGUGACCGUACUGGCAAUUUUACCGGUGCAUUUGUCCGAUUCAGUCCAAACGUGACUGCCGUAGAAGUCCGAACUGGCAUUUCAUAUGUUAGUGUGGAACAAGCACGACGCAAUCUAGAGAUUGAGACUCCGGCUGGCUCUAAAUUUGAAGAUACCGUUCAAAAUGUCAAGGAAGCAUGGCUUGAAAAGCUAAGUCGCGUAACAAUCGAAGGUGUCAACAAAACCGACUCUGAUCAUGACCCCCGCAAGAUCUUUUAUACCGGUCUCUUUCAUGCUUUGCAAUAUCCAAGUGAUUUCUCCGAGCCUGCUUCGCAUGAUGGAAAUGAACGGACGUUUUACUCGGGAUACACUGACAGUGUACACACUGCAAACGAUUCCUACUAUCAGUCAUGGUCCAUUUGGGACACUUAUCGAGCAGAGCAUUCCCUAUUGACACUCUUCGCGCCUGAGCGAGUGAACAGCAUGAUGCGUUCGAUGCUUCAAAUUUUUGAUUGGUCUGGGUGGUUACCCAUGUGGGCUAAUAUGAUCGAAACCAAUAUCAUGAUCGCCACAAACGCUGACGCAGUCUUGGCAAACGCCUUAGAGAGAGGGUUCCGAGAUUUCGACAUUGCGAAAGCGUGGGCUGCAGUUAAGAAAGACGCAUAUACACCCCCAGAGCACGACCUUGAGACUCUUUACUAUGACAGAGAGCCUUACACCUCGUACGAGGUGCGUGCUGGUCUUACAGCCUAUAUGAAGCAGGGUUGGGUAUCAAAUGAUGGAUGGUCUGAAGCCGGCAGUAGGACUUUGGACUAUGCGUUCGAUGACUAUGCCUGCUCCAUUGUCGGGGCUCAUGCUGGCGCGGACAAUGCGUCCAUCGAAGCGCUCCGCGUCCGUAGUGGUAACUAUGCUACCAUUUGGAACAAUGAGACUCAGUUCAUGCAGGCACGGAAUGGAAAUGGAACUUGGGCGAAUAGUGAAUGGGGCUGGACGGAAGGAGAUGACUGGGUCUACACUUUCGACGUGUUGCAUGAUAUCGAAGGCUUGUCUCAACUGUUUGGCAGCCGGGAAUCCAUGCGCGGCAAAUUGGAUGUUUACUUUCAAGGCGGACAUAAUGACCAGACGAAUGAGCCAAGUCAUCAUGUUCCUUAUCUUUAUUCAGUCCUCGGCUACCCGGCUAGCUCUGCGGAGACCAUUCCUGGCAUCGCCUGGUCCAACUACAAUGCUACAAGCGGGGGCCUGAGUGGGAACGAUGAUUUGGGUCAGACAAGUGCUUGGUAUAUUUUCUCAGCUUUGGGAUUUUAUCCGGUCAAUCCUGCAAGCGAUGAAUACAUUGUUGGGACGCCAUUCUUCGAGAAGACUACCAUUCGAUUCCCAGCGGAGGCUGCUACGGGUGGUCGACCCACAGAUAGACCGGAUAGAGUGCUCGUUAUCACUGCCCCGGGAGCACCUACCAAGCCAUACAUCAAGAGCUUGAAAGUCGGCGGCAAGAUCCUCAUGUCUCCAGUUUUGACGCACACCGAUAUUCUACAUGCAGGAAGCAUCCAGUUCGAGAUGAGCGAUGCUCCUACAUCCUGGGGAACAGUUCCACUAUGGGAAGAAUAA